AUGCUGCCCAAGGGCGAGAAGAAGCUGAUUGACGUCAACUACAAGAAGCCACCGGCGGAUGUGUACAAGGACGCUACACUUGGAAUAGUCGAGACUCACCAUGACCUGUCCAUUUUGCAGGAAUGCGAGUUUCAAGAGGGAUUGGUUGGUCCAACUUGGGUACCAAACUGGGGAGCAGAUACGCAAGUUGAUAUGGGAGCGUACUUGGGAUUCAAGACGUCGCGGCUGGCAGCAAUUCUAGACGCAAGUCAGGCGGCCGAAAGGGGAGUCAUGCGAAUUGUUGGACCUGGAAUAACCGCGAUUGAAGAUCUACGUCCUUCGGGAAUAGACCUCGAGUCGGCGGACCUCUCGGCUAAGCUCCGUAAUCUGUUCAGCGGCAUCCAGACGGAGGGAGAUUAUGUCGCAGAAGGUAGCUUCAGGUACCCAGAAAGUUUCAGAAUCAAGCGAGCACUUCCACCAUUCUUCUCAGGAGGGACUUUGCGGGAAGCCUACGCUGCGGCCCUCUUGCGCGGAAAGGUCGCAACAGCCACCGAACCAGAGAACUACGGCUGUUCUUCACUUGACUAUGUGGCCAGUGCCGUGCAACUGGUCUGCUCGCCAUCGGCUACCAAGAAUCUGCCGCUCAAAAAGGAGUCACUCGUCGACUUGCGGAUGUUCUGUGCACGCAGACAGCUACUCAGGGGAAGUAAUGGCUACAUAGGAAUGGCGCCUCCAGCGGCACGCACAGGACAUCUGAUCUAUAACGUUUCGGGCUGCGAUUACUCUCUACUGCUGUGGGAUGCAGGUGAGAGGCAGUUUCAAGUGGUCGGUUGCUGUUUUGUGUCUGGCGCCAUGGAAUUCCAAGCGCUUCUGGGUCCUUUGCCAGCACGCGUUGAAGCGGUCUUCUUCAGAGCAAAUUGCAAUUGUCUGGGCUUUAGAAACCGCGUGACGAGAGAUCUCACAGAUUGA